AUGGGCUUACCUAGACAGCCAACCGUCUCGAGCCGACAAAGGUCAUACGCAUAUCCACCACCAGCAAGAGGCAUCAGCAAACUUUGGGCGUGGAUCCCUGACUCAUGGGCAUGUCGUCUCUUUCUGCUCAUCACGCUAGCCGAAGCAUCGAUCAACAUUGCGAUUGAGAGCGUCCUGUUUGCUCGCUACCAAUUUCAUCGCAAGACUCACGCAUCAUUGGAUGACGAAUCCAAGUCGAGAGCGCUUCCGGUGUUCGUCAUUGUCUUUUCGCUAGCGCACAUCUACCAGUUUUUUCUCGCCAUCGAUGCGGUGAUCAACAGGAAUACGAUUCUUGUCAUCGGCGCCAUCAUCUUUAAUGCAUGCUUCCUGGUUUACUCGCUCAUCCAGAUCUCGGAAAUCCGUUCGGUGCUCGGCGAUGGUGUUGCACAGGGCUCUUCACAGACGGUGCCGGUGCAGGUCUUGACGGGCGCCAUCCCGAUCGUGAUCGCGAUUGCCGAGAUUUCGUUUGUGGUUCUAGGAUGGAAGCUAUGGAAGGAGUUUGGCUGGCAGAUCUACAAAAAGAUCGGAGCCGACCGGAGCCUCAAGCGUGGCUACCUACACUACCAAAUUUAUGUGGCGCUGCUCAAGUUUGACUUUUUCAUUUUCAUCGCCUACUGCAUCCAGCUGGUUCUGGUGGUCAAGCAGAUUGGCUCGGCAGAGCGAUGGAUCACGAUCAUUUCCGGACCGUUUUCGCUGCUCAUCCUCGUGUUCGCCUGGUACUCGGUACGCAAGGAGCUCAAGUGGGGCAUGCUCGCGUUCCUGGUGGGACUGACGGGAGCGAUGGUGUACUUUGUGUACAAGCUCUUCCGUAUCUGGCAGCUCAAGGACACGCUGUACAAGGAAGUGUACAAGAGUCUGACCGUGUUCUCGACACUUUCGAUGCUGUUGCUGCUCAUCACGGCGGUCAUGACGAUCCAGUGCAUGCUCAACUUUGAUCGAGGUCUCAAGAACGCCAUGCGACCACGAAAGGAGCGCACCGCCGCGAACGCCGACAACGGCUACAUAGUCGGCUACGAUGGCAAGACACUGACGCCUCUGGGCGAUGGAAGCACGAGCGUGCUCCAUCUGCAGCCGCGUUUGAGCUUGGAUUGA